AUGCUCUCGGCGGUCGCUCGCCGCGCAUCACGUGCCGCUGCGUCCGCGUCCUCCUCCCUCGGCGCAUCGCGUGUUCCGCGGCGAGCGGCGCGCGACGAGGCGGCGCGUCACGCCAUCGUCCUAACCGCCGACGCGCGGCGGGGGUUCGCGUCCGCCUCUGCGCACCGACCCACCGACUUCGACGUGGUCGUCAUCGGGGGAGGCCACGCGGGAGCCGAGGCCGCCGCCGCCGCCGCGCGCCGGGGCGCGCGCGUCGCCCUCGUCACCCCGUCCCCGCUCGGCUCCGUCGGCGAGAUGUCGUGCAACCCGUCCAUCGGCGGGCUCGCCAAGGGCGCGUUGGUCCGAGAGAUCGACGCGCUGGGCGGGAUCAUGGGCGCCGCCGCGGACGCGUCGGGGAUCCAGUUCCGGGUCCUCAACGCGUCCAAGGGCCCCGCCGUCCGCGGCCCGCGCGCGCAGAUGGACAGGACGACGUACAAACGAAGCGUCCAGGCGAUGCUCUUCGGCACCCCAAACGUCGAGGUUGUCGACGCCGCGGCGUACGACCUCAUCACGUGCGCGGUGGCGGGGGUGGAGACUGCGGAUGGGCGGAAGAUCACCGCCGAGGCGGUGGUGGUCGCCACCGGGACGUUUCUGAGGGGCGUGUUACACGUCGGGGGGCGGCGCAUACCCGCGGGGCGCAUGCCCACCGCGAUUACCGAGAAUCCCGACGCCACCGCGGCGCGAGGGGCGCACGCGCUGGCGGAUAGGCUGUACGGAUUGGGGUUUCAAAUGGGCAGGCUCAAGACGGGAACGCCGCCGCGACUCGACGGCGCGUCGAUUGACUACUCUGGGCUCGAGGAACAGCGCGGAGAUGAACCGCCGCGACCGUUCGGGUUCCUCCACGACAAAGCGUGGGUCCCGCCCAUGAAGCAGGUGAGCUGCUGGGCGACGCGCACGAACGCGGAGACGGAGAGGGUGAUGAAGGAGUCGCGGGGUUUCUUAAAUUUCGAAGGCGGCGAAAACGGCGAGGCUAUCGGCCCUCGGUACUGCCCGUCGCUCGAGAUGAAGGUCAAGCGCUUUCCCGGCCGUUCGCACAUCGUGUGGCUCGAACCCGAGGGUUUGGACACCGACGUCGUGUACCCGAACGGGCUCUCGAACACCCUGGACGAGCCGGACCAGAUCGCGAUGCUCAGAACCGUCGCGGGUUUGGAAAACGUCAAGAUGCUCAGACCCGGGUACGGCGUCGAGUACGACUACGUCGACCCGCGCGAGCUCCGAUGGACGCUCGAGACGAAGCGCGUCGGCGGACUGUUCUUCGCCGGGCAGAUCAACGGCACCACCGGGUACGAGGAGGCCGCGGCGCAGGGGCUGGUGGCGGGAGCCAACGCCGCGGCGACGGCGCUCUCGCGCCUCGGGAUGGACGCGCUCCCGCCUUCCAUCGUCGGCCGGGGGGCGAGCUACCUCGGCGUGCUCGUGGACGACCUCACGCGCCGAGGAACCUCCGAGCCCUACCGCAUGUUCUCGUCCAGGGUGGAGCACAGGCUGUCCGUCAGGCCGGACAACGCGGACCAGAGGCUGACCGCCGCCGGCGAGCUCGCCGGGCUGGUGGACUCGGCUCGCGCUUUAAUCGCUCGCCGACGGGGCGACGCGACGGAUCGAGCCAUCGCGGCGCUGGAGGACGCGAGGAUGGGCGCGCAGGCGUGGGCCGCGCACGGGGUGGACAACGCGCCGGCGGGUAAGAGCGGGAGGACCGUCAGCGCCGCCGAGCUUCUCGCGAUUCCCGGCGUGGGAUACGCCCGCGUCACUUCGGCGCUGGCCGAGGCGGGGAAGACGACGGGGGAGUCGACGGCGUCGGGAGGAAUCGACGACUCCCGCGCCGACUCGGCCACGGUGGAGUGCUACUACGCGCCUUACCUGGCGCGUCAGCGGCGGGACGUCGAGACGAUGCGUAAGGAGGAGGCGAUGGAGCUGCCGAUGGAUCUGGACUACGACGCCGUGGGCGGGCUGAGCGCGGAGGACAGGGAGAAGCUGAAGGAGUUUCGACCGGCGACGCUCGCGGCGGCGCAGAGGAUCAGCGGGGUGACCCCGUCGGCGGCCAUCGCGCUCUUCAGGUUCGUCGCCGCGCAAAAACUAAAGGGGAAUAAUAAGAGGUUUAGCGGUCGACGCGGGGCGGUGACAAACGGCGGGAGGGACCCGCUGAUGGAAUCGGCGCUAUAG